GUACAGUGAGCGAGUUCGCGGCCAAACUUUGCAGAGCGGGGAGGCAAGGCAGCAAAAGUUCGCCGGGGAGGCUGAGUCCCGAUCCCGCAUGGUUCCGCUGUCAUGUCCCUCCUGCACCUCCCGUGUGAACUCACAUAUGGACUAAAGACUUCAAAAUGUGUGGAUUGUUGUCUCGCUGAAGUGGAUUUAACCGUGGGGAGAUCCAAAUCACCGCUUCGCUGCUAUCGCUGCACGCUGUCGUAGUUUCAAUGGAUUGUCGUCGCUCUUAUCAUCUACCGGACUGAAAUGCAUUGCUUAACUUGGAGAUAAGUGAAGGGAGCACGAGGAGGACAUGUAGCCUUGUGUCGGCUCUCUUUUCACGCUAUGCAUUCCCCUCGUGACAAGGAACUGGCGCUCUUGACUCGCAAACACCGACUCAUGGCUGCGGCUAUGCCGGGCGAGGAUAGCCCUUUACCGGUCAACACUUCCAGAGCUGACCGCAACGGCCUGGGGGGAUUAUUGGUGCACUGUUUUAUAUGUGGCAGCGGAGUAACGGCAGGGAAGGAGCUGAGGUUACAAGUGACCUAUCAAAAGGAACGCUACCCAUUUUUCCCGUUCCUACAGAACCAGGAGCCAGCUCCCGGUGCGAGUGAGCUGAGCCCGGAGGGUCACGCGCUGGUGUGCGCCGUGUGUCACUGCUUCCUCGCGGAGCAGUGGAACUCCUUCGAGAGGACCAGGACGCCCAUUGAGAAGCGCAUGUACUGGCUGAAGCGACCCUACCAGUGCGACUCUCGCCGGGUCCCGCAGGAGUGGAACAUCUCCUACGAGCUGGAGAGGAGGAUCAGCUCCGGCAGCCACAACUACGAUGGGGGCGCGGAGUCGGACUUCUCAUCCUUCUCUGACAACAUGUCGGAUCAGGAGAUGGAUGUGAUGGACAGGGGCGUUGUGAGUAAGGACAAGUGCUCGAGAGCAGCUGGGAAAUCGCAAAAAGACGCCAGCAGAAAAAAUUGUGUUAAAAAUAGCCCCGAUUCCCCGAGGACGCUCCCCCGGUACACGUUGGGGGUCUACAGUGCGCAGGGCUCACCCAAACCGGAAAGCUUGCCGCCUACCAGACGUGCACCUAAGGUGAUGAAUAAUGUGUGUCAGACAUCAUUUUCUUUGGCCAAGUUCCAGGAUAGCGUCCCCCAGCUGUGCCAUGACAACCACUUCCCGAACGCACCUGUGCCGGACAACGGGGUCAUUAUGCGCAACAGGUCAUGGCUGGAGGACGGGAACGCGAGACACACUGAGCCGCGUCACAUCCAGCCUGGAGCCGACAACAGCUGCGCCUCACCCGCCUAUCCCCACCCCACCUCCGCCAUCAACUCUAAAUGUAAUCGCGGUAUUCCUCGAGGCAACAAUUCGGAUGAGGAUGAGAUUGACAUCACGAGUGAUGAAGAUAGGGACGUGCACAGUCGUAAAAAUGUCAAACGUCGUCGUCCCGCAGGUGACCUUUUGACCAGAAAAGUCGCACAACUGCACCACGCUACAGAGUCAAACCCAGACAGACACGCGUGCUUUAUCUGUGGCACUGAGCUCAGUCCACGUGGGAGUUAUAAAGUCAGCGUUCAAAAGCAGGAGACGGCACAAGGGGAACCUUUCUUUCCCUUCCUGUGGCUGCACAGCCCCCCUCCAGGUGCAUUACCCAUCAAUCCAGCAGGUGUGACUCUGGUGUGCGGAAGCUGUCACGCCUCGCUCAUGCAGCAGUGGCACAACUUCCAACAGGCCGACGUUCCCGUGCUUCAGCGCCUCUACGUCGUCCCGCUCAACCCGUCCGCCGCGUCCCAGCAGGAUAAACCCGCCCAGCUGACGAAGUGCGACACUAAAGCUCCCCGUGACGCCUGUUUCCUCUGCGGCCAGGAGUGCGGCGCCGAUAAAGUAGUGCACGCGCAGGCCGGCGUCGGGAAAUCUCGCGGGGUGAUGUAUUUUCCCUUCAUCAACAUGCUCCCCUGCCCACCCAACGCCCAACCGAUGAGGAACGGGCAUGUGCAUUGCUGCUCACAGUGCCUUUUAAUCCUAGAGGACAUCUGGAGUGCUUAUCGCCUUUGUCUCAACGAGGACCUCAUCACCUCUGUUAGCUCCUUCCUGAUCAGGUAUCAUUCCGUCACGGCCGUUGAAGGGUUCGGACCCGUUCGUUCGCAGACGGGCGUGUCUUCUGAGAGCUCCGUGUCGGUGUGCUACUUGUGCGGAUCGGAGUUAUCGACCGGAUGCGAUUUCCAGCUUCAUGUCAACCCACCUGGACGUUGUGGUGAGAAGGAGCCAUUCUUCCCUUUCCUCACCGUGCACCCGCCAGCUCCCCGAGCCAAGCCGGUUGAUGCCACGGGCCUGGUGUCAGCCUGCGCUCUCUGCUACCAUGACCUGCACACUCAGUGGUCCCGGCAUGAGAGCAGAGGCCUGGGCCCCGCCACGCCCUCUACACCCUCCACCUCUGGCUCUUCCAGCUCUCCUUGGGCUCGCCAGUAUACCUGUGAAGCAUUUGUGUGCUUCUUCUGCAGGCAGGAGCAGCGCAGGCAAGGACGAAUGUGCAUGGUCACGGUGGCGAGGCUCCCCGUCUUCCUCUAUGCGCCACGUAGCGCUCGCACGCUCCUGGUGGAUGAUGGAAGGAGGCUGAUGGUUGGCUCGUGUGUGGAUUGUAAGACCAUGGUGCAGGUGGGCCAGAGCGCACAGCAGGACAGGGAAAGGCUCGGACGCGGGGCCUCAGACGGGGAGAGAGAAGGACCGCAAUUGACCUCGCCGAAGCUUGGACGACAGCCCGACACUGUGACAGGGGAGUCGACUAGAGCCGGUGAGGAGGAAAACUUAAAGACCUCCCAACCUGCAGAUGACCACACUCCUCCCCCUGUGACCUUGGCGCCAGAGAUACCUGAGCCAGUUGACCGCCCAUGUUCCGGUAUGAGCCAUGAGCCAAAGUCACCAUCCUUAGGAAUGAUCUCCACGGCAACCCGUACAACGGCGACGGUCAGCCCUCUCACCCCGUCGCCUCUUAACGGCUCCAUCGUAGCCAAUGGAAGCCCAGCUGCCCAGUCGGCUCAUUCUGGAUUCGCUGCAGCCCUCCGAAAACUGGCAAAACAGGCAGAAGAGCCACGAGCUGCCUCGUCUAUCAGCAGUGAAUCCUCCCCAGUGUCGUCGCCAGCCACCAACCACAGUUCUCCAGUCAGUACGCCCAAAAGGGGUCCUCUCGGUCCAGGGCCUGUUCUGGUUCCCCCAGCAGGCCACAACGUGCCAAACACUCCACCCGUCGUCACCAUUGCUCCAACCAAGACAAGCAACGGCCUCUGGAGGAGCGAGGGACGCCAGGCUGAUUCCGGACCUCGUGGGGCCAGCAGGGAACGGCUGGGUGCCGAGGGGACCCUCCCCCAAGAAAAGGGCCCCUCAGUCCCUGCCCACCUCCUGGGAAACCCGUAUGCUUUUGGUCUCCCCACUGGCGCUGUGAUGCAGGAUUCACGUUUCCAGCCCCUCAACCUUCCUAGACAGUUGCCUAAUGCCGUGCCGCCUGGUCCUGUGCCAGAAGAGUACCUCCGUGGUUUCAGGCCCUAUGCCACAACUGAGGAUGCCCUCCGCAUGCCCUCUUUGCCAUUGGGCCUGGACCCCGCCACUGCAGCUGCCGCCGCUGCCUACUACCAUCCCAGCUACUUGCCCCACCCCUCCUUCACCCCGUACAGGAUGGAUGACCCAUUCUGCCUCACGGCUUUGAGGUCACCUUUCUAUCCACUACCAGCAGGGGGAGCUUUACCCCCCAUCCAUCCGUCUGCAGUUCAUAUGCACUUAUCAGGGGUCCGCUACCCUGGAGACUUCACACACCCUUCACUUUCAGCACUGCAGUCUGAGAGGCUUCAGCUGGAGGAUGAGCUGCGGCAGCGCGAGAGGGAACGAGAACGGGAGCGCGAAAAGGAGCGGGAGCGGGAGGCUGAGAGAGAGAAAGAACGGGAGCGCGAGAGGGAGCGCGAGCUGGAAAGGGAGCGAGAACGGGAGCGAGAAAGGGAACGAGAACGGGAGCGGGAAAGAGAGAGAGAAAGAGAGAGGGAAAAGGAGAGAGAAAGAGAAAAGGAACUGGAAAGGCAAAAGGAGAGAGCGCUGAGAGAGAAAGAGAUUCAAGCCUCCAAGGCUAUGGAGAGCCACUACUUGUCUGAACUCCAUGCCAUGAGAGGGCAGGAGGACCGAAGUAAGCCAGAAAAACUCACCCCUAAUCGGGCUGAUAGAACCAAAGAUCCGCCCCUGCCCGCUCCAAAACCGGUCCCGCCAGGACUCCAUUCUGCAAUGGUACAAUCGCAUCAUACAGUCCCUGGGCUAAUCUCAGGCCACAGCCUCUACAUGGGGCCCAGUGCAGUGGGGACAGGUCUCCCAACCUCCAUAAUCGCUCCCAGGAACAAUGAGGAGGAGAGGUGGUUGGCAAGGCAACGCAAGCUGCGGCAAGAGAAAGCAGAUCGCCAGUACCAGGUGUCGGAAUUCCGCCAGCAGGUCCUGGAACAGCACCUGGACUUAGGACGGAACCCUGAUGCACCGGAACACAGAGCAGACUUGCACAGACCAAAUAACCAUGAACCAGGAAGCCGAGAACUCCAUUCCCAUUUAGGUGCCCCUCCGCCACUCAUCUCCCCCAAACCCUCCCAGCCGCCACGCGAACACCACCCUCCACCUCCCACAACUCUGUGGAACCCAGCAUCUCUAAUAGAGACACCCUCAGAGUCUCGACGCACCCAUGAUCCCUCAGGGAUGGGACACUAUGAGCUCAGUCGGCUACCGUCCGGCCCCUCCAAGUAUGAGGAUGGGGCCAGAAGGAGAGAUAGUGGGGCAAUGGAGAAGUAUUUGCAACCCAGAGGGCCACCUGGCCUACCGGAGCCCAGUACAUUCCUUGCCGAUCUGGAGAAAUCCACCCACUCUUUCUUCAACCAGCAGCGGGCGUCCAUGUCCCUGACCAGCCAGUAUGAAAUGGAAGGAGCAAUCAAAAGCAGUGCUGGACUGAAGAGCCUGCAGGGCCACAAUCGUCACGGACAAGCAGUUGGCAUGUUGUCUGGGUCAGGUGGAGGACAGGUAGCCUCACUGGAAAUGGCGCCAGACACAAUGCUGAUCUAUGACGAGCUUCUUCAACAGCACAGAAGGCCGGUCAGUAAACUGGAUUUGGAGGAGAAGAGGAAGAGGGAAGCCAAGGAGAAAGGUUACUACUAUGAGCUGGAUGACUCAUAUGAUGAAAGUGAUGAGGAGGAGGUGAGGGCACAUCUCAGAAGGGUAGCAGAGCAGCCCCCACUCAAACUUGAUGACUCCACCGAGAAAUUGGACUUCCUGGGAAUGUUCAGCCUAACCACUCUGUGCCGGCGGGAGGAGCUGGUGCAGCAGAAAAGAAGAAAGCGGCGACGAAUGCUCAGGGAGCGUAGUCCCUCACCAGCUGCCUCACAGUCGAAACGCACAGCUCCUCCCCCGCAACUCAGCACGCGCUUCACCCCUGAGGAGAUGGACCGAGCACCAGAGCUGGAGGAAAAGAAGCGCUUCCUCACUAUGUUCAGACUUUCCCAUGUCACCCUUCAGCAGAGAAGAGAUAGUGAAAGGGCAGUGGAGCUGCUUCAAGCAAUUAAAGAGAAGAGUAUAACAUUGGAUACCAUCAGACAUGCCCCUCAUCCGCUGUGCAAAAGCCCCCCAGCGCAACUCUCUGAUUCUGCCUGCUCCCAACCCACCUCAGAAUCAGAAGACCACCACGGUGUCAGGCUGCAUAGCCCCCCCUCACAUUGCCCGCUGUCCCCAUCCCCUAGUGGCAAUUCAAAAACCCUUGGGGACACGCUAAGACCAAAGGAUCCUCCUUCUCCAGCUGUCUACCCAGACAAGGCUCGGGGGCCUACCGAGGGGCCAAUCUCCAGGAGGAGUUCCAGCCUGCUGAACAGCUUGCGGCCCCCGCUCCCUCUACAGGCUAAGGAGGGUGUCCACAGCAUGAAUGGACGCACCAAACCCUGGGACAGCUUCACCCCGGAGGAAUUUGCCCAGCAGUUCCAUGAAUCUGUGCUGCAGUCCACUCAGAAAGCACUGCAAAAACACAAAGGCGGGGCCACCGGGAUGUCCGAAUCUUCUCCCCUGCAGGAGUCCUCUGUGCAUUACAACAUUCCCGAGCUCCAGAGCACCCCUGGGAGGCCGCCUCCGCCGCAUUCCCAGUCACACUCGAACACGCAUCAGUCAGCUCUCGCACUAGCUCACACUCACCCUCAGCCCAACGGGCAACACUUCUCCGCAUCGCUCCACCGCGACGCCUCAGGGACGAGGGAGGACCUGUCUGCCUCAGAGGAGGACGAUGACGAAGAGGAGGAGGGGGAGGAAGAGGCAGCGCCAACUUCCAAGUGGCAAGGGAUUGAAUCCAUAUUUGAAGCCUAUCAGGAAUACGUUGAAGAACAAAGUCUGGAGCGACAAGUAUUGCAGAACCAUUGUCGACGGCUGGAAGCUCAAAACUACAACCUCAGUCUCACUGCUGAACAGCUCUCGCAUACCAUGGGGGAGCUGAUGUCCCAGAGGCAGAAGCUGGCCGUAGAAAGAGAGAAGCUGCAAUCAGAGCUGGAGCACUUCAGGAAGUGUUUGACUCUGCCACAGACGCACUGGCCCAGAGGUGGACAUUACAAAGGCUACUCUCCCAGGUGACACCCCCUCCAAAAAGAAAAGAAAAAAAAGACAUCCGAUGCCCCACCUCCCCUCCCCCAGAUACUUCUCCCCCAGACUGACCAUUGAUUACGCUAAUCCACUGGGCCCUUUGGUGGAGAAGCGAAGGAAGGGCAAGUCGGCGCCACAAGCCUAACGUGUGCCAACGUAGCCACGAAAGGAGAUUGGCGAAGAUGGCGGGACAAGAUGAAGUCCUGCUUCUCUCUCUCUCUCACACACACACACACACACACACACACACACACACACACAUACAUUCUUCUCUUUCUUCUUCUCCGCCACCCAAACAGACAAUCCUGCCAACGAGGGAGAACAGACACUCCGAGAGUCCAAAGGAACGCUCGCAGCCAUUUCAGGAAGUGACGCCAUCGCGGCGGCAGUGCGCGCGUUCCAACUGGACAUGCACUUAAGAAUAAUAGCUGAAGAACUACCUGGUGGUACUGCGUAACAACAAAGACAUAUUUGAAUUUGGACAGAAUGUUGAAAUGCACAUUUUGGGGGAAAUAAUUAACAAAAUGUUUUAUUUCAAAAUAGGACAAUUUGAGAAUAAGAAUUUUAAAAGGUGCUUCAGCCUUAUAUUGUAUAUAAUAUGAAGACUUAAAAGAAUUUUUGUAAGUUUGUUAUUUUAAUCAUUGUUCUUUGAAAAGAAAAGAAGCCUGCCAUUUUUUUUUUAAUGCGUUUAUGCUUUUUGGGGGGGGGGUUUGCAAAAGACGGCCUUGCUUUUAGUGUUUGUACUGCUGCUGGCCAGGACAGCUUAUUCUGACAACACGUUGAAGAGAGGGAGAGUAAACACGGGAUCUUAUCUUCAGCGGCAGCAAGCCGCCACGAGGUGAAGCUUCCUCCGAGGUGCCGACGCUGGCCCUUGCCACCUUUUUAUUCAUAGCACAGCGUGAUGCCCAUUUCAGCUACUCGGCCUACUUAACAAAAUGGUUCCCUCCCACUGGAGUGUGAACACAAACCAGUUUUUGUUACUUGACUGGCUUAGACUUGAUUUUUUAAAAAAUGUUUUCUUCAAUAGACAUGAAGUAAAGCGGCCAGCUGAUAUUGCUGGUUCCUGAAGACUCCUCCUGAACACACAUCCAAUAGCAUCAAGUGACAGGCCUUUGCCAGAUCCAAGCCUUUUUAUCCACAAGCACGAGGGGCUGAGUGCCAAACAAUUUCAAAUUCAAAUGAUUUAGCCAAAAAAAAUAAAUAAAUAAAAAUAAACCAUCCAGGAUGGAAAUAAGCUAAAAAGCCUACAGACUCCCAUCUUAUCCCACAUGCGAUGUCCAAGGAUCAUCCCUAAUAAUCCAAUCCGUUGCCAACAUGUAACAAACUGAAAAUGACACAAACACGGAUCCGUUUACAGCCUCAUCUGUGGCUCGACUCUUGAGACUUGUAGCAACCAAUCACAUUCAUCGAUUUCAAAUUUCAUUGUUUUAAGUCCGUCUCGAAAACGUGCAGAAGGAAAAUCAUCAAAACGGAAGCACAACACCCCCCUUUCUCAUCAUAUGAAUAAGUGCCUCGUUUGUUUUGGACCGCCGUUGAUCAAACUGUAGCUCAAACGUUUCACAUCCGCCCACACUAAAAGUCGGGAGCAUCGCUGCCUGUUUGUUUGAGGGCCAGGUGAGCGUGACAGGGUGGCACAGUACACAGUGUAAAGCCCCGCCUCAUCCACGCACGGCCACGCCAUGGCGCCAUUACUCAGCGAAGGAUGUCUAGAUGCUGUGAAAUCCUGUUUUCAAAAGAAUUGUUUGUUUGAAUCCAUUGUAAUGUAAUAUAUUCUUUGUUGAAUGUAGUAAUUAGGUAUUUAUGAAUAUAUGGCUGUGAUUUCAGACAAAAAAAGAAAAUAAAAUAUUUCAAAAAUGUU